GGUGGGGCGCGGCGGGAGCGCGCCCCGGAAGCGGAGCCAUGGCGGCGGCGGUGGUGGGGGCAGCGCUGCUGGUGAUGCUGAUGGCGGCGGCGCUGGCGAGGGGCGACGACUCGGACUGGGUGCGGCUGCCCAGCAAGUGCGAGGUGUGCAAGUACGUGGCUGUGGAGCUGAAAUCUGCUUUUGAGGAGACUGGCAAGACCAAGGAGGUGAUUGACACCAAGUACGGCUUCCUGGAUGGGAAGGGCUCUGCUGUCAAGUACACCCAGUCGGACAUACGGUUAAUCGAGGUGACAGAGAACAUCUGCAAGCGGCUGUUGGAUUACAACCUGCACAAGGAGAGGAGUGGCAGUAACAGAUUCGCGAAGGGCAUGUCGGAGACGUUUGAGACCCUGCACAACCUGGUGCACAAGGGCGUCAAGGUGGUGAUGGACAUCCCCUAUGAACUGUGGAAUGAGACCUCCGCUGAGGUGGCUGACCUCAAAAAGCAGUGUGAUGUGUUGGUGGAGGAGUAUGAAGAUGUGAUCGAGGACUGGUACAGGCAUCACCAGACGGAGGAUCUCUCCCAGUUUCUCUGCGCCAACCAUGUGCUAAAAGGAAAGGAUACAAGCUGCCUGGCAGAGAAGUGGACUGGCAAGAAGGGCGACUUGGCAAGUGUGGAGGAGAAGCAGAGCAAAAAAAAGAGCGGGAAGAAGAAGAAAAAGGACCAGAAGGAUGAGAGCGUGGGAGCUGCCAGCCUCCUGGACACAGGGGAGGCCCUGGAGGAGGGGGUUCAGGAGAAGGCUCCGCUCACCCACAGCCCAGCUGAUGAGCUGUAGACACGCAGCCCCAGCCCCCGCGGCUGCCUGCUCUGGGGUUUCAACCCGCUGUGCCUGUGGGUACCAAAGGAAAAGGGACUUGCAACCCGGGGGAGACCAGAGCGCCCGGUCCUGCCUUGUCAGCCUGGGUGCCAUCCUGCGAUUAGGUGUCACGGAGCCGCGGACCCAGCCUUGUUGUGCUUCCCUGCCGGGGGCUUCAGCUCCGGGAGGCCGCGAGUGCUGCCCCGGCGCCGGCUCUUCGCACCGAGCCGGGACUGUAAAUAAAGACGUUUUCCCCAGA